ACUGUAUAGCUCUGCCUUUGCCUUUCCCAAAAUGAGAAAAACUCAUUAAAAAAAGUAUUCAUCUGUUUUGACUUUUGUUGAAUUUGUUGUAUUGUAUGUGGAGAUCUAAAAUAGAUUUGCGAAAUAAAUUUUAAUAAUUACCUUAAAAUCAGUAAAAGUAAUAAAAGUUAUAAUAAAAAGUAACUUGCUAUUAAAAUUUCAACAAUGGCCGUAGUCGAACUCGCAAGACUUCCCUCAAAUGUUAAAAUGCCAAAAUUGUUGUUCAGCAUGAGGGGGUUAUUGAAAGGCGCGGGAAUGAAGAACUGUAAGUUUUGGAUUUUAGAGCUUGCUGACAGUUAUAAUAGUGAUCUCAAAGAAGCCAAAAUAGAAUUUCCCACAUAUGAAGAGGCACUUAAAGCAGUGGAGAGACUUGACAAUUUAAAAUAUCGUGUUAAUACUGAAACUAGUGUCCUAACCGCUAGAAUAUCAGGUGGUACCAAGAACCGGAAGCAAUCACGUAGUCCUUACAGAAGCAGUCGAUCUCGUUAUCGUAGAAGCAGAUCAAGAAGCAAUAGUUUUCGUAGAUACUAUUCACCAGAAAGAGUUCGCUCUCGCAGUCCUUUGUUCAGGGAGACUACGUCUAAGCUUGAUUUGGAGUUGGAGCUAUUAAGAAAAAAACGUUUAGUCAUUGAAGAAGAAAGAAGGCUACUCAUGGAACAGAAGAAAUUAGAUAUGAUCCGGGAAUAUGGACCAAGUAUAUCGAGAGAUAUGGACUAUAAUGAAAGGGAUAGGAUUAGAAGUGACCGGUCGAUGAGAGAAACCACAAGGCCAAUAAGGGAUACAAGAAGGCCAAUAAGGGAAUCAACAAGGCCAAUAAGGGAAUCAACAAGGCUAAUAAAGGAAACAGCAAGGCCAAUAAGGGAAAGGUCAAGGCCAAUAAGGGAAACGAAGAUGGGAGCAGAGGGAGUACCUACUGUCAAACCUGCAGUAAUGCCUAACUUUUAUAAGCCUCGCCGCUUAAUCAUGAUGCAAAUGAAAUCAAUAAUUUCUGAACACACAGAGCCAGAAGAAAGACAAAAUCUAGAGAAACUCAUAGGCCUUCAAUUGAGAAAAAGGCUAGCUGAGGCAUUGCAAAAUGAAACGUAUUUGCGAGUAGAAAAAGUAGUAGAACUUUAUCGCACCAAAUAUCCAGAGGCAGGUGAUAAAGAAUUUGUAACCGAGAUUCUAAAAAACCUCCGCAUGAGUCAUUGGCACUUAUCUGAUGAUACAAAGAAAGUAAAGAAAGAUAAUGGUGAUCAGAAAAAUAAGAAAACGGAAAUCGCACAAAAGAUUGAAGUUGACCAAGGUAGUCUACCUGUUUCUACCGAGGCGAUAAAAAAAGAGCCGGAAGAUGCUUCUCCACCGAAAUUAGAUAUUAAAGUCGAAAUUGAAGCCCAAGAAGCAGAAAUAAAACUAGAGGAUACUGAACCUGGGACAUCGGACGACUUGGAGGCAGCUGAUGAUUGGAUUGAAAAUGGCAUUGACUGGGACGAUGACGAAAACGAGGAGGAUCAAGAGCCUGUCAAGAUGGAGGACCAAUAAUGCAUUAAAAAUAGACCUAUGUUUAAGUUUCCAUAUAAUUAAUUACUUCCUAAAAUAAAACUACAUACUUUAACUAUAAAUACUCGUACAUUAUAAAAAUAAAACUACGUGGUUUAAGUCAUAUAGUGUUUUAUUAAAUGUUAUGGUGGCAAAUAAUCCUGACUGAACCUUCAAUGAAUAUGUCACAAUGAUUGUUUUAAUACAACUAAUUUAUCCUCAGAUGGUUUUUUUAAUUAAAUGGAUUAAUUAUUCUUAUAAAUUAUGUUGUAGCUACUGAUGCAACGUAUACGAAUAUUCGUAUUCGGCGAAUAUGAAAUUAUAUUUAAUGGUUUGACUUUCGUGGCCGCUAAAAUUACUUUUAAAAAAGCAGCUAAAAAGCGGCUCCUCAAAGACCUCUUAUAAAGUUUACGGUGAGAAAAAAAACAAUGCAGAAAGUUCUUCUGCAACACCAUCUAUUGACGCCUGGUGAAACAAGAGAUAGGCCGCUUUUGAAUUAAAUUUUAACACAUUUUUAUUUAAUUGUAGAAGGUUAAUCAGAAUAUGAAUAAUUGAGGGUUAGGCUACUUUUGCACUGACAGCCUCAACUAUUUGCGAAUUAAUAAAGAAAAAAAUUGUAAGCAUCUCCGUUUGAUUAUACCAGGCUGCGUUCCGAACCUACGUUCCAGGUGCAACAAAUGUCAAAUUAGAAAUACGUCUUAAAUGUUAAAAUUGCAACAUCAAGAUUAUCAGAGAGACACUCAUGCAAAAAAUAUUUUUCAUAAAAACCAAGUACAGUUGCCUCGGAGGCUUUUUUGGACGGAAAAUUAAAAUCGCCUGUCACCAGUUAAUCUACAGAAGUGUUUUCCUAAUAAAAAAUUGCCAGUUGCAAAUUUUUUAUUAUUACUAUAUAUAAUAAAACAAAUAGAAAAAGGUUUAUUCAAUGAGUGUUUUACGAGUUGUUCGUAUUCGCCGGAUAGUAGGUUUGAUUGAUAUAUGAUACGACUGCAAAUAAACUGGGCCAACCGCUAGUACCUUGCAACUCUAAUUCGAUUUUUUCAAAAAGUAUAAAACUUACAACUAUUACAGCUAUAUCUUCAGAAAGUGUGUUUCAUAACUAUUAAUAUGAGUAAAAUUUUAUUCUAAAGUACUGUCAACUUACUUUGUAAUCGAGCAAGAACAGCAAUGCUAAUUUUUUAAUUAAUUCGCGAUUAUCGUUCUUUUUUAUAAAAUGAAGAUAGUCUGAUACUUCUUAUCUAAGGAAACUUAGUUUUCUCAGACGGGAGUAUUUUUGCUUUGUUCGUUACUUCCGAAUACCACAAUUGGAAAACGAUUCUUCCUUGGCUUUUUUUUUAAUAAAAAUAUAAUUAAUUGAUUAAUCGCAAUAAAUUCUAGUUCAUUUUAAUCACCAAGAAACGCACUUUCUGUAGUUAUAAUUUGGUAGUUUUAAGUUUUAUACUUUUUGAGAAAAUCAAAUCAGAGUUCCGUGGUAGGAAGUGGCCCAGUUUAUUUGCAGUCGAGUGUAGAUAGUUUUCGCAUUCGUAAAAAUAGUAUUCGUUGCAUCACUAGUUUUAGCUGUUUACUACCUACGAGUAACUAACAGAAAUAAAAGAAAAUAUUUACCAAAAAAUACCACUCUGUCCAGGCUUCAGACAGUAUUCGAAUCCGCACCUUCCGCGGUCCGAGCGGACGCACUAGCUGGGUUUGCGGAUGAUGCGGGUUCGAAUCCCGUCUGAAAGCUGGAUCGAGUAGAAUUUUUUCUUUAGCUUAAUAAAUCUAGCCCUUAAAUUGCUUAAAGUAUACCUAACUGAAAUUAUAUAAUUUUCUAUUGUUGACCUUUAAAAGCAAAUACUCCACGUCCGUUAUAUUACUAAUAAUGUGUAUAAAGUAUUUUUUUUAAUCAUUUCAAGUAAAAAAAAAAAGAAACAACGUAAGUCGUACAUCAACCAUAAAAUAAACGUCAAAACUUCGCUAUUCAGCUACUUUAAAAAUUAAAGGUGAUUUUAUGAUAUGAAAUCUACAAAAAAGACAACAUUAAAAGUUACAGCUACCCACACAAUUUAAACAUCAAUUACAACGAAUUAGAUAUGAUAUGGAAGAAUUACUCUCAUACAAAGGCUUCUAGAACAUGGUUCCACACUCAUACAACUAAACUUCAAUACUAAAGCGACACAGACAAAUCAAAUAUCUACCAAAGAAUUCUAUAUAUGCAUUGGGUACGAUAAUGUUAAACAGAAAUCCCAACCAAUCCCAUGAUCGUCAUCGCAUCGCACUUUUUUCGCCCCACCUACUUGAUCGCAGUUUGCGUGGAACCACUUUUUAGCGCAAUUUGUAUUCCAUAUUAUUUAUAAUUCGAUGACAAUGGUACUAUUAAUUCUAAUAAUCUUCCAAGUCUGUUUCUUUGAUUUCAGUGAUCUCGUCUUCGACACGGUAUUCUUCUCCGUCCAUCAUGAAAUAGUCUUCUCCGUCGUCAACGUCAUAUGUCGCGUCUUCCUCAAUUGCUUCAUUUUCAUCAUUGUUAGUCACAUUUCCCUCGGUUUGAUCAUUAGUAUCGGUAUUUUUAACACCAUUAUCAUUAUUUUCUUUUGUACCACUGUUCUCUUCACCUUUAUCAUGUGUAUCAUUAUUCUUUUCACCUUUCUCAUUUGUGACGCUAUUAUUCACAGAAUCGUCCUCGAUGUUCUCAUUUUUAACAUCAUCUCCCGUAUCCUCAUUUUUGACAUCAUCAUUUGUGACACCAUCAUUUCCUGUGUCAUCUUUUUUGACACUAUCAUUUUUCUCAUCCGUGUCAUCAGUUUUGAUAUCAUUAUCUUUGACAUCAUCGUAUUCAUUCCAAACACCUUCCACGUCUUCGUAAAAUAACGUUUCGUCUUCGGUACAGUCUAUGACUUCCGUACUAGAACCUUGAGUUUUCUUAGCAACCAUGGACUGUCUAGAAAGAUGAUUUUGAAUAUCAUCUGUGGUUAUUAUUGGUUUUUUAGGAGUUACGUGCAGGGGUCUGAAUUUUAACUCUGUAAUCUCGC